UCUGAGCUCUCUAAGUAAGCUUAACUUGAGAAAAAUGAAAGUCAUUUCAACCAAGAAGUUUAUUCUGUUUGCUUUAGCUACAGUGGUCUUUCUCACAUCAAACAGCCUGUGCCUAAAUGAACCAAUGAAGUCCAGGCUGCAGAGCAGAGAAGACAGUGAUGAUAAAGAUUAUGAGAUUAAAGACAAUAUUUUGGAAGAAAAGCAGAGGAGUCUCAAUUUUGAGGAAAUGGAAGACUGGGGAUCAAAAGAUAUCAUCAAAAUGAACCCUUUUACAGCAAGCAAGAUGCCAAAUUCAGUUGCUAAUUUGCCUCUUAGAUUUGGAAGAAAUUAUCCAGAAGAAAGAAGCAUUAAACCAUUUGCUAAUUUGCCCCUGAGAUUUGGAAGAGCUUUUGGAGAGAACAUACCUAAUCAUGCUCCAAGGGUAUCACACAGGCUUGAGAGAUCUCCACUUGUUAAAGGUUCCAGUCAAUCACUUCUAAAUUUGCCACAGAGAUUUGGGAAGUCACUGGCUGUCAAUCUGCCUCGAGAUGUUCAGGAAUUCGAACCAGGGAUAUGAAUUCUAACAGUUACGUUAAUACUGGAAUGAAAUUAUGAAGACAGAAUGUGAAAGACUUGGAAAAGCUGCAAUGUGCUUUCAAAACUAAAGGUCAUCAAAAGGAAAUGUGUGAAUUGAAAUGCAAACCUGCCUUCAUGUAUGCAUAAUGUCUUUUUUUCUGUACAAAUCCUUGACAUAUAAGGCAAUAAUAAUUGUAGUGAUUGUUGUGGUAGUUUGCUUCCGUGGUGGUCUAGUAUAAAUUCUAUUUAUUUCUGUGCAACUUAUGUCCUAUUGGCUGUAAAACUGAAUUUCAGAACAAUAGCUGUAUAAUUUAAAGCAUUUAAAGCAGAAUUUUAAAAAGCAUGAAAUUAAUAAAGGUGCAUGGUUCAAAUAAAAAGAAGCCUAUAAUGUGAAUAAUAACAAUGAGAAGCAGAAUCAAAACUGCUGAUAGCCUUUGUGUCAUGAGCAGCUAAAAAAAACAAGUGUUGAG